AUGUUUGGGUUCCUCUUUCUCUAUUUUAGCUUCAGCGAGCGCUGUAUUUCUUAUCAUACAACAAAAAUUGGUGACUCUCUCCUCCAAAUUCAAAAAAUCAGCGGAAAUACUGCAGAAGAGCUCUUUGAGCUUAAUCCAAAUUUAAAUCUUCAGAGACUUUCGCCUGGAAUGACAAUAUACAUAUAUACUAAAUGUUCUACAUCUCAAACCAAUACUCCAAUCUUCUUAGAAAGAAGCGACAUCCAAGACUUAGAUCUAAUGUCAGGUUCGUUGUUUUUAUGCUUUUUGAAAUACAAGGGAUAUACAACUGUAGAUCAAGCAAGUCAUUCAUUUACAGAUCUAUUUGAGAAAAAUCUUAUUAAUAUGGAUGGAUCAAUUGAUAAUAUUUUCCCUGUUGCACAAUACUAUGGCUUUAAUUUUGUCUAUCGCAAUGUACCAAGGAAAGACACCAAAUUAGAAAUAGGCGAGUAUGUUGUUGACGGUAAUUCUCAUUUUUGCAUCAUCGAAACAAUAGAUGGCCAAAUAUCUAUUGUAUUCAAUCCAAGUACAAAGCCAAAGUUUAGAAAUAUUAAUCCAAAGAAAGUCAUGAACCAUUAUUAUUGUGUUUAA